AUGGAUGUUUCUGAGUAUCCAAAGCCAAGGACAUCUCAAGAGGCCAUGAAUUUUAUCGAUCAGUGCAUUGAAGCAGGAAAUUUCGAAAUGAUUGACUAUUAUCAAAAAGAAUACGAAUCUUUAAGAAAUUAUGAAUCAGUAUUGAAACUUGGCGGAAAAGUAAAUUCAUAUCUCCAACAAAAUCUCAAAGAUAAUAAAAACUUCGUUACCACAUAUGAAAUAUCUGAUCAACAAUUGAAAAUUGCAAAACGAAAAGCAGCAAUUUCCUUCAAAAAUAACUACAAUGAGCUCAAAAAUCGUCAGCAAAAAGAAUUAGAUGACUUAAUCGAGGAAUGGCAGAAUGAACGAAAUUGUCACGAAGAUUUUACAAAUACAGAAUACCACAGAGCUAUGUCAACUGCCAAAAUAUUGGCAAGACAAAAUAAAGUACAAGAAGCAAUUCAAUUACGUGAUUUGGCAACUCAAAAGCGAGAUAUUUCUGAUGCAGAAUACAAGAAGAAAAUUGAUGAGAAAUAUCAGCGCAUUUCAGAUGAAAUGUCACAAAGACACAAAUCAGAACUUGAAGAUUUAUAUGAAUCGAGAAAAGCAGAAUUAAAUUCUUUUGAUCUUGUAAAGAAGAACAUUCAAACAGAAGCAGAAGCCGACUUCCUAGUUAAGAAUGCUACAGCUGUUGUUGAUAUUUCAAAACAUUUUGAAAAAACAGCAGCAAUGCCAAAAUCAUUCAAAAUGCAAGCAGUUAAAACGAAACCUAAAGUUGAUCCUAGCCAACAAUCAUUUAAUGUGUUGGUUUCUUCUGGAAUUUUCUGA